CAUGAUUUACUGUAGCAUUAACAGCAUCUAGUUUGUAGUUGACUGGCCUCAGCAUGAAUAACAUAAAUAGAUGACACUUGCUCUUUCAUUCUCUAUAAGUUUAGAAGCUCCUCUUUUAUCAUUAUAAAUAUAAAAAGCAUAGCUUAAGGGAAAAAAAAAGCUGAAGCUUUAUGUUAUAAGUUACUUUUAGUAGUAAUAAUACUUGGUUUCAGAAGAAGUGGUUUAAUUUUAUGAUGAGAGGGCUCAGAAAUUGGUGUCCCUUCUCAUUUGUUAUAAUAUUGAUUCUCUCUGUUACAUGCUGCUCAGAAGCAAGGCAUCAUCAUCAGAAGCCUUCUGCAGUUGUAGUUGGUGCUGUUUUUUGUGAUACUUGCUUUCAAGAUGACCUUUCCAAAGCUGGCAGCCAUCACAUCUCAGGUGCAACUGUUGCAGUAGAAUGUGCACAAGGGAGUUCAAGGCCAGCAUUUUACCAAGAGGUGAAAACUGAUAAACAGGGCAAUUUUAAGGUGCAGCUACCCUUCGCAGUCAGCAAACAUGUCAACAAGAUUGAAGGUUGUACCGUGAAGCUGGUUAAGAGCAGCGAGCCAUACUGUGCUGUGGCCUCGACUGCUACUUCAUCUUCGAUUCAUCUGAAGAACCGAAAGGGAAGGAAGCACAUCUUUUCUGCUGGUUUCUUCUCUUUCAAACCACUUAAACAACCCGGCUUAUGUAACCAACAACGGUCUCAGUUGAAUUCUCUUGAAGGCUUACUAAACCCUCAAUACCCAACUAUUCCAAGCAUAAACCCUCAAAUUCCUACUCCAACCCCUGAAAAUCCUACACCAAACCCUCCUACAUCAACUAACCCAAACACACCUAUCAUGCCAAAUUUGCCUAACCUUCCACCACUUCCAUCCCUCCCACCACUUCCUAAACUCCCCUCGUUCCCACUCUUACCGCCUUUCCCAACUACAACUCCUAAUACAUCCGUGGGGCCUUACAAGGACAACAAGGUGGAUAAUGGUUUAGUGAGACAACCACAACAGAUUUUCCCUCCAAUUAUUCCACCAGUAUUACCUUCCCCACAGGGUCCUAUCCCAUUACCACCCAAUCCACUUCAGCCAGCACCUCUGUUGCCGAACCCCUUACAGCCACCGACUCCACCACUCAUCCCAAACCCAUUACAGCCCCCGACACCACCAGGUUUACUGCCUCCAACUCCUCCCUUGCCCUUUAUACCACCAGUUCCUGGAUUGACUCCUACACCCUCACCACCAAGUUUACUGCCUCCAACACCUCCCUUGCCCUUUAUACCACCAGUUCCUGGAUUGACUCCUACACCCUCAUUAUCACCACCAAGUUUACUGCCUCCAACACCUCCCUUGCCUUUUAUACCACCAGUUCCUGGAUUGACUCCCACACCCUCACCACCUCCACCCGCAUCUUCGUUUCCUCUUCCUCCGAUCAUCCCAUUGCCACCCACGCCACUCUUCCCUGGCAUUCCCCCGGUUAAGACGAAGAAAGUGAACCCUUGAAAAACUAUUAGCUAGCAUGUACAAUUCUUGUAAUCCAUAUCUACUACUACUAUCAUUUCCAUCCCUGCUUUCUCUUUUACAAGGAGGGGAAAACAAAGAUUUGGCCUACUUCACAAUUCACAUUAUCACAUAUAUAGGUCUGUAAGACUGUAUCAUGUUUUCUUACUCAAAGUUAGCAUGUUUUUGUUCAAAUUAUUAUUAUGUCCAUCUUUGAUGCUUGUGUUAUUUUUGAAUAAUUUGAUCAUUUUAAUGGUUGAUGAAC